AAGAGAUUAUUUUACAACUUUGGAAAAAAAUGAAUGAAACAACAAAUUUUAACAGUAUUACAUAUCACGCUUGGUUGGCAGCACAAAACUUGAAAUUAUACAAAAUUGAUUUGGACGAGUAUUUGUAUGGUCUACAAGAAAAAGAUGACAGAAAAGAGAAACAUAUGGAAUGGAAUUGGUUGAGAAAACAAGUAUCUAUUACAUGUGUAAUUUUUGUGGAAAAACUUAAGCUCGGAAAAUCAAUCAAGGCUACUUGGGGUAAACGCUGCAACAAUAUAUAUUUCUUUGGACAUCGCUUGAAGAAUACAGAAUUGCCUAUUAUUGAUGUAAAUAUAAAAAUUAUAUCUUCUUGGCAACUAUUGUGCGAAGCUAUGAAUUAUAUUUGGAACCACCAAGUAGACAAAUUACAGUGGAUUAUAUUUGUGAAAGAUGAUACUAUAAUUAUACCAGAAAAUUUGCGCUAUAUGGUUGCUCCAUUGGACUAUACACAUGACUAUUAUUUGGGUCAUCCAGUGGUUCUAUGGGGUCAGGCUUACAAUGUUGCUCAAUCUGGAUACGUUCUUAGUAGAGGAGCAUUGAAUAAAAUAGUGCAAAUGUUUAAUAAUACAGAAAAAUGUAUUAAAGGAGGAAAGUAUUGGAAGAAAGAAGAUUAUUAUCUCGGAAAGCAUUUGUCAUCUUUAGAUAUACGUCCAUCUGAUACCAGAGAUCAGUACUUAAGAGGUACUUUCCAUGGUUAUUCUUUACAAAAUCUUCUAUGGGGUAUUGCGAAACCGGACAGCUAUUUUACACGUGCUGUAUAUCCGAUAAAAGGAGAAUGCUGUUCGCCGAUAUCUGUGACUUUCAGCGUUAGUGAUCCCGACAAGAUGCACAUGCUAAAUUAUUUGUUGUAUCAAUUGCAUGUAUUGAACGACGAAAGCCGAUUUGGUAAUGUUUCUGCAGCGGUUCGAGUACGUGAAGAGGAUGUUUGGAAGGUUGCACUGCAAGAAGAAUUCAACAUCACGCAUUUGAAUGAUAUAUCCAGCGACGCUUAUUAUGAAAUAUGGCACUCGAGAUAUUCUGAACCAGGACAGUUAAAAAUUGCUAAAAAUUAUCGGACACCAGACCAGCUAAAUUGUUUACUGACAAGUUACAAAGGGGAAACUUCAUCAGUGCAUAAUUGUAGGACUAAAAAUGUCGUCAACAGUACAAAAAACUGA